CUCAUUUUUAAGGAAGUUCAACGUCUUUGCAAUUUAUUACCUUUAAAUUUAUCUCACAAGACAAUGUUUGAUGUAGAGAUAAUGGAUGGAAAAUAUUUCCUUAAAGAAGGAACUGUAAUUUUACCUCAAAUAAGUUGCUUAUUAUAUGAUGAAAAAGUAUUCCCCAAUCCUCAUCUUUUCAUUCCCGAAAGAUUUUUAGAUGAAAAAGGUCAACUAAAACGAUUUGAUUCGUUUAUACCUUUUGGAUUGGGGAAAAGAGCCUGUAUGGGAGAAUCAUUGGCACGUGCCGAGCUAUUUUUAUUUAUUGCUAAUUUCUUCCGAACUUUUCAAGUACUUCCGGUUGAUCCAUUAAAUCCACCAAAUGCACAAAAGCAGAAGGCUUUUGUAGUUCGCCCAGACCCUUAUAAUUGUCGAUUAAUUUUAAGAAAAUAG